ACGAGGAGAUUCGAUAAAAGUUCAAGAGCCGCCCCUCUUCUCCUCCUCCCCCACUGUCCUUUUCCCCCUAACCUAGAUGCGUCCUGAUGGAGUAGCUGCCGUCCCGUCCCGGCGAACCACCUAGAGCCUCAGCUCACCAGGCUAAGGAACGGAGAGAGCGCUGAUACAUCUGCGGACUUUCACUCACUCGAAGAAACGACACCAUGGGGAGCCACCGAGAAGACCUCAUCGCGGCCAUGUCCGUCUUUCUGGUGCUCGACGCCGUAGCCGUUGCCGCCAGACUCUACGUACGGACGAAGAUGAUCACACGGGGCUUUGGUUUGGAUGACGUUGUCUUGUGUCUGACAUAUAUCGGGUUCAUCAUCUCCUGCUCUAUGGGCUUCACGUCUAUGAGUUACGGUUACGCGGCUGAGGACGAGCAGCCGUACUACAACCCCAAGAAGGCUACGCAGUUCUUAUUCGCCAACCAGCUGGCCCUCUACAUCUCGUCCGGGUUCGUCAAGAUAGCUGUGGCGCUGGUCCUCUACCGGUUAGCGUCGACCAAGAGGCUGCGCUGGAUCCUGAUCGCAUCCAUGAUCGUUGUCAGCCUCUGGACCAUCAUAAUGACUACAUUCGCAUCGUGGCCCUGCGCCCAGGGCGGCUCGAGCAACUGGGCGGGCAGUAGGGCCUGCACGCAAGUCGCCUACUUCCGCACCAUCACUAAUAUUUUCAUCGACUACUUUUACGCCUUGCUACCGAUCGCCAUACUCCGAAAUGUGCACAUGAGCAUGCGGUUGAAGAUAUCCGUGUUGUUCUUAUUAGGACUGGGAAUUUUUGCAAGCUCGGCCACCAUUGUGAAACUCGUUAUUAUCGUCAGACUGUCCACAGCUACGGGGAAGGAGGCCAAAGGAUUACACUACAACCUCCUUCUGUGGGCCGACAUCGAGCUGGGGAUGGCCACUUUCGCCGCGUCGGCCGCGGCCCUACGGCCCUUGCUCAAACAUAUUCCGGCCGUUUGGAGCCGAACCCGUACUCGCAACAGCCACGGUACGAGCGAGGCCACGGGGCCCUAUCGGGAACUUGUGGGUGCCAACAGUAGAGAGAUGGGCCCCGUAAGUGACGGUAAGCGUGAGCACGUUAAUGUGUCCAAAGCCAGCGACACUGAGCAGGGCUCGUUGGCCUGAGGAGGGGCUAUGGAUGCAUAAGCAAUCUCACUUGAGCUGGCUCGAUGUAUUAUAUAACUAUAUCACGUUGAUCACGAAGAAUGGGCUGACUGGGAAGAA